AUGGAAAGCUUUCAGAAGGAGCAACUGAAUCCCAUGUCAACCCCCUCUGUCAACUUCCUCGAAGCACUUCCCGAUGUCGUCUUCUAUGAGGUGAUGAAGAAACUUCCAGCGCGCGUCAUCGAAAAUUGUGUUCGAUUGCUCUCAAGGGAUUGCUAUAGGAGGGUUGAGCUGCGCAGAGCAAGACUUCCUCGCGUUUAUUUCGAGGAGCUUCAUGUUGAUAAAAACCAGUUUUACUAUGACUCUGGAGCAAGGAACAGAUAUAGAGAAACGAUCGAUCCAGUUAAUUUGAUGCAACAUUUGGAGUAUUUGGGAGAGCGUACAACUUUCAAGACCCUCAGUUUGAUGUAUGUCAAUUGGGAAAUGUUUGCAAAUUGCAAGUUCGAAUGCAAGAUAUUGAUUUGUUUUGUUGAAGAUGGGGCGACUCUUUCGCCGGAAAGAUUCAUGGAUAUGUUUUGCAGUAUAAGACCAACGCAAGAGCUAACGAUUUAUGAAGUUUGGUUGGAGGGUUGGGGGAAUGAUCCAUUGAAUGACACGAUCUUGUUGAAUUCACGUCUUUUGCGUGUUCUUGUUGUUGACUUUCCAAGAACCGGGUGCACUCUUAAUGGGAUUCAAACGUGGCUCGGAGACUGGUUCACUUCAGGGCGUCAAAUUGAUAGAAUUUCUCUUCGAGCAGUUGGCGGAGAAGCAGAACUUCAAAAGUUCUUGCACAACUUAUCUGGACAACAAGCCGCGGAUUACCGCCUUUUCUUUGAAAAGGGCAAAUGGGGACGUUAUAAAGGCAGUUUUGGAUUCUGCGUCACGCGAAAAGUGCCUUGUGUAUCGAGUGAUAAAACUGGCUGUCAAGGAUGCUCAAAAACAGACCCACCCGGCUAUGCUGGUUUCAAUAAAGAUUUAAUCGAAAACCAAGCUGAUGGUUGUUUAACGCGAAAGCUCACUUGUCAUCAACCAAAUUAUGUGGUCUAUCGUGCAACCAGUGGAACGGUGAGUCAAGCGGAUCCGAUUUUGGUGCUCGAUUGCAAUAAGGAUUCCAAAUGGGUGACCCGUGAGGAGAAGUGGCGCGUUGAAAGUGUCGAUUGUCACAAUUCAACUGAACCGAAAAAGCCAAAGUCCGUUUGUAAAUUGGAGAAGAUUACAGGACCGUGCAAAUUCGAGAUCAAG